CCUGACCCGGGGACUUUGGGCAUUAUCCUGGGGACCGGACGCCUGGCCUGGGUUUGCCACCUAGGAGGAGGGCGGUGGGUGGGUGACCCCUGUUUCGCUGUCGUGGCCUGGCUGGGCGUCCGUGCCCAGAACGGCCCCCCACCUCCCCAGGGACAGCAGGUGUGGGUGACGGAGGACACAGUGACCAACGCUGAGAAGUGCUUCAGCCAGUUCUACUCGCUGCUGGCUGCCUACACCCGCAAGACAGCCCGGCUGCGUGACAAGGCCGACCAACCGGUCAAGCAGCUCAUCGACUUCGCCAACACGGAGAACCCGGAGAUGCGGGCCGCCCUGAGGAACUUCGCCGAGGACCUGGCCAAAGUGCAGGGUUACCGGCAGGCCCAGGUCGAGAGGCUGGAGACCAAGGUGGUCAAGCCCGAAGCUCUACGGCGUGCAGAUGAAGCAGACCCCCAGGCUGAGAUCAAGGAAUUCAAACGCGUCCGGAACGAGGAGCUCAAACAACUGGAAAAGCUGGAGAGACUCAGGCAGAAGUCCCCUUCCCAGAGGCAGGCUCGCACGCAGGCGGAGACCGGCGUGCAGAGGGCCUUGGCGGAUGCCAGCCGCACCUCCCACCAGCCGGAGGAGAUGGUGGAUGCCUUCCAGGAGCAGAAGCUGCAGGGCCUCCAGAAAAUUUUUUCGGACUUUGUGACCAUUGAGAUGGUCUUCCACGCCAAAGCGGUGGAGGUGUAUUCCAGUGCCUUCCAGACCCUGGAGAGCUACGACCUGGAGAGAGAUCUGGAGGAUUUUAGAGCCAAGAUGCGUGGAGUUCACGGGCGUUAUGACGCUCGGCUGCUCACGGACACCACCUUGCCCCUGGCCGUCCCGUGGUUUCUCACCCAGAGCACCCAGAGCACCGUACGGAGCGAGAGAAAAGAAGCAGCCAGUGAGGACAAGUCUGCCGAGGAGGACCCCGUGGAGGACCUCAGGGGACAGGGGAAGGGGCUGCUUCGCUAGGACGAGAUCUCCCCAGUCAGGAAAAGGGGGCUGAGGCUGGAUGCUCGGAGGCUCUGCCGUGUGCAAGCCCCGUGUCCUCUGAGUCCCGCUUUCCUCAUCUGUCUGGCAGGAAUCACAUCACUCAGCUCACAGGCUGCUCUGGGGAUCAGGGUGCCCAGAAGGACACCUGGUACAUAGCAGGUGUUCAAUAAACAUGGGCGCAUCUCACCCUGACUCCUGCUGGGUCUCAUUUCCUGUCUUACGACUGGGCUUCUGGGUGUUUAAGCCCGUGUGAACGUGUGUUGCCGAACCAAACUCGGGUCCA